ACGAAAGUGUCAAAUAGACAAAUACUCUCCAAACCGGGAGUAUUAACAAGUCAAUAUCAAAUCAAAUCCGUUGUAUCUUGUACUCUUGUAUGAUAUGUUUACACUUGAUACCUUGCCAAUCAAAACAUAGAUUUUAAUCAACCCAGAAAAAAAUCAUGGAAAUGAUGAACAACAAAUGGGUAUCAACAGUAGCAAGUAUAUGGAUUCAAUCAACUAGUGGCACACCAUCCACUUUUGGUAUUUACUCUCCUGCCCUCAAAUCUUCCCAAGGUUAUUCCCAAACUACCCUUGACACUGUUGCCCUUUUCAAAGACUUGGGUGCCAACGUCGGCAUCCUCGCCGGCGUACUUUACGCCGCCACCGCCUAUCGCCGGUCGUUCUUCGGUGGUCCUAAGGUGGCUAUCUUAGCCGGGUCGAUCCAAUGCUUUACUGGCUAUUUCUUGAUUUGGUUAACGGUGACCGGAAUUAUUUACCGGCCACCGGUUCCGGUGGUCUGUUUUUUCUUGUUCUUGGCUGGACAUGCUAUGCCCUUCUUUAAUACCGCGGAUGUCGUUACAGCUGUUCAUAAUUUCCGGGAUUAUAGUGGCACUGCUGUUGGUAUCAUGAAGGGUUUUCUGGGUCUGAGUGCAGCGAUGCUGAUUCAGCUUUAUCGAACCAUAUUCCCUGGAAAUCCUGCUUCAUUUCUUCUAAUGGUUUCCUUGUUGUCUACAGUAAAUCCAUUACUGCUCAUGUGGUUUGUGAAAAUCUAUGAUGCUAAUGCUGUAGAUGAAAGACGACAUCUUAACAACUUUUCAUGGGUGGUGGUGGUAGUUUCUGCAUAUCUAGUGGUUGUUAUUGUCUUGGAGAAUGUGGUUACUGUUCAAUUAUUAGCUCAUAUCCUCAUAGUUAUUGUAUUGCUAUUCUUGCUCGCCUCACCCCUGUGGAUUGCUCUUAGAGCUCAGCAGAGCUUAUCCUCUGAGGGAGUCACUGACCAGGUAGACCCUGAAAAGAUACAUGGGAGAGAAGAUGAUACCUCUUAUCAGAGACUGUCAGAACAUCCGGAGGAAGAUGCAGAAGCGAGUAGUAGGCCAUCAGAGUUGGAAGGACACUUCAAUUUGUUCCAAGCCAUGAGGACUAUGAAUUUCUGGCUUCUAUUUUUAGCCACAGCCUGUGCACUUGGAUCUGGGCUAGCAACAUUGAACAAUCUCACCCAAAUUGGAGAGGCUCUUAGUUACACACCUUUAGAAACCACAACUCUUGUCUCAUUGUGGAGUAUUUGGAAUUCUCUUGGGCGGUUUGGGGGUGGAUAUGUAUCAGAUUACAUCCUUCAUAUGAAAAGCUGGGCAAGGCCUCUAUUCAUGGCUGGUAGUUUGGGAAUCAUGAGUAUAGGGCAUUUGGUGAUUGCUUCUGGUAUGCCCGGGUGUCUUUAUGCUGGUUCAAUUUUGGUGGGCAUUUGUUAUGGGUCACAGCUCUCUUUGAUGCCAACCAUUGCUUCCGAGUUAUUUGGGGUUGUAAAUAUGGGAACCAUAUUCAAUACUAUUACUAUAGCAGGCCCUCUUGGGUCAUACAUUCUGUCAGUUAGGGUGGUUGGUCAUAUCUAUGAUAAAGAAACAUCCAGCGAAACCAAUACUUGUGUGGGUGUACAUUGCUUUAUGCUGUCUUUUUUCAUCAUGGCAGCUGUUACUUUCCUGGGAUCUCUCUUUGCCGUAGUAUUAUCUUUGAGGACUAGAAGCUAUUAUGAACGCGUUAUAUGUAGGAGGUUUCUAAAGCCCUGAAGGCAGUUAGGAAGCAAUAUGUGACCAAGAAAUUGGUCUCUCUGAAUGUGUGGAAAAGUUUGGUUCUUGUUAUUUCUCUUAUAAUUAUUCCGCAUUUUGCACUCCAUAGAAAUGUAUGAUCCUCGGUCUCUUCUAAUGUCUGAUGGAAAUUCUGUAUUCCACCUGACACUACAGGAUUCUCAGUUCAUGUAAAUAUGAAUUACAUAUUUGGCACAUUCUUGUACCAUUUGCUUUAUACUAUGAGGUAAACCAUAGUCUACUUUAUAUUUUGUAAUAUGAAGCAGUAACUCACUCUAUCAUAAUUGAAAGUUGUGACCAGAAUAAUGGAUUUUUCAUAUGCUUCAGAAAUUGAUGGAACUUUUCGAAAUCAAUUCUUUUCAAUGGCACAGUAUGAAAAAAAAAAAUAAAAAAAUAAAUUCAUGAUAUGGCAUUGGAUCAUUAUUUUUCUA